AUGGCCGCCUUUUUGGUAGUCUUUUCAAUUUAUCGACCUUUCAUAACAAAGCUCGACACAGCUAAAUAUAUUAUAUUCGGCUGUCUGUCAUUUCUACUACCAUUCUUCGUCGAGCACAGAUAUACAUCUCUUGAUUUUCAUACACCUACAUUCUCAUCAAAGCAAUAUACAAACUACACAGCAUCGUUAUAUCCUGUAGCAGCAGUAUAUAAUCUGCAAACCAGCAGCCAUUAUAAUAACAAUAACAACCCUAUAUACAAUCAUAAUUCUGAUACAAAUGCAACAGAGUCAACAUUCAGAAUCAACCAAUGCUUAAUAAUAGAUGCAGCAGUAAGCGUCCUAAUCUCAUUAAUUACAGUAUCUAUCUGUGGUUUGUCGACAAGGUGGCAUUUUCCCAUCACAUUUAUCAAGCCAACAUCAACUAUCUAUACUUCCAACGUCUUAAAGCAUGGUGUAUCUAUUGCACUCAUCUUUUCAGCGAUAUCGAGUCAAAGCCUUUCGAGUCGUAUCGUACCAUUUAGCUUAGCAUUUAUUGGUCUUUUGUGGUUUUUUUCAGGUCCUUAUUUCGUGCAGAGAUGGCGAGCUAUCGCUGUGUCUACUAUCAUUCCAACAGCAUUUGAAAUAAUUGUCGGCUGCAUAGCGCAAACAAAUAGCACCUUGCACAAACUCUCUCUCUUUGAAUGGUUUCUCAUCACACUUGGCUUUGUUUUGACAAGCAACCUGAUUGACUUUUUGGAUGCCAUCUUGAAUAUGUAUCCUCAUCUCGUAGAAACCGACAAAUCAGAACAGGCUCACAUUCAAUGUGCUACUACUUUUUCGUAUUGGUAUGCUUUGAUGCGUCUCUUCUUGAUCUGCAUAUCCUCCCCCGACUCGAUUGCUACUGCUGGCUUCCUGCAUCCCGCCCCUAUUGAAGAUUUUGAAACUGCCAUUCGCGCUUUGGGCCCUGCAUCUCGCUCAUGGAAAACGAUGGCGGCCUUAUUCCCUACCAAUUUACGCCAAGAUUUGUGUUUGUUAUAUGCCUUUUUCCGUACUGCAGACGAUCUUGUGGAUGACGCACCUACUCCCAGACAAUGCGAAAAGAACUUGAUUACCAUUCGCAGAUUUCUACGGGACGUUUUUUUCCCUCCGGCAACCACAACAGCAACCACCACCACCACCACCACCGCCAGCGCUACUGCAGUAAAAUCAAAAUUAGCCGUUGUUACAGAUCCCACGUUACCUUCCCAUAUUGAUUGGGCAUACUACGCUAAUCUCCUUCCCAACGACGAUGUGCUUGCUAUAUUUAGAAAUUUUGCUCGUAUUUCUCAUUAUCUCUGCCCGCGUGCCAUGUCUGAAUUAACCGACGCUUGGGAACAUGACCUUCGUGGCGAGCCGGUCAAGAAACAAAAGGACUUGCUGAACUAUGCUGCUUUGAUUUCUGGUACUUUUGGUGAGCUUUGUACUUGCGUUAUCAUGUAUAAGACAGGUCGUGGUAAUUGGGGACCUUCAAAAAAUAACCCAUCAAGAAUAGAGGAGACUCUAUUACGUGCAAGAGCUACUGGCCAGUGCCUUCAAUUAAUUAAUAUUGCUCGUGAUAUUAUCGCUGAUAGCUUGGUGGGCCGCUGUUACGUUCCUCUUCAAUACAUGCCUUAUCCUCCUCAAACAAUCUAUCAUUUACUUAAAGUGGCUCGUACUCCUUAUCAAGUGGGCGAACAAACUCUCAAAUCGUUCUCAUUGCGUAUCAUUCAAUUAGCAGAUCAAAUUGCUGACAAAGCACAAAAGGGUAUUGAUGGAUUGCCUGAAGAAGUACAAGAUAGCAUUCGCGCUGCUUUUGAGAUUUACAUGGCUAUCGGUCCCACUUUAAAAGAUGAACCAGGUUUUCCAUUACGCACCAAAGUACCUAAACGUCAGCAACAGUGGAUUGCUCUUCGCUGUAUCUAUGGUUUUAGAGGCCCUGUCGCACGAGCCAUUUCUGUUACCUUUUACAAAAUGGUUUCUUUCUACACAACAUCUUUUGCACGAUUUACAAGUUCCUCUAACACUAGAGCGACAGCAACUACAAGAAUAGUUAGGAAAGUAAUGGAUGUCAACUAA